AUGCCUCGUCUUGAACUUCUGGCUGUUCUCAUUGGUGUGCGAAGCAUAAACUUUGUAGAAAAUCAACUGAAACUGGCAAUAUCUGAGAAAAUACUAUGGACAGAUACACAAUGUGUUUUACACUGGAUUAAAACUAAAAAGCCUUUGACAACAUUUGUAGAAAACAGAGUUAAAGAAAUUCAGAGUUGCAGUGACAUUGAAUUUCAGUACGUUAUCUCAAGUGAUAAUCCAGCAGAUAUUGCAAGCAGAGGUACGACAGUUGACACUUUAAGGGAAAAUACCUAUUGGUGGAAUGGCCCAGCAUGGUUGAAAAAGAACAAAGAUGAGUGGCCUUCAUGGAAGCCCCCUACCAGUGAAAAUGACUUUGACAGUAUAAUUGGGACUGAGUACAAGAAACCUCGAGUGAUGUAUGAGACAAAACUAUUAGCUGGGGAAGGUCCUCACGGAUUCACAGAGACUGUUAGUGCUGAAUAUAAGAAUCCAUUUUCCAUGGACGACAAGCGUUUCUCAUCCUUCAUGAAGCUAAUAAGAGUAUCAGCAUGGAUUCUGAGAUUCAUUAAGAGACUACAGAGAGUGAAAUCAUCCUCUGGUCCAUUGACUGAGACAGAGUUGAGCAUGGCAAAGACACUUUGGAUAAAGAGUAUCCAAACCCAGAGCUACAGUGAUGUAAAACCUGCGUUAACAGAAAAGAAGAGACAUAAUUUGAUUAACCAGUUAGGAUUAACAUUAGAUCAAGAUGGAAUCAUUAGAUGUGUUGGCAGACUAGGAGCUGCACACUUGACUGAGGGAGCUAGGACACCAAUUUUACUUCCUAAGAAAAGUCAUGUAACAGAUUUACUGAUAGACAAUUACCACAGAAAAUCCAUGCAUCUUGGAGUUUCUCAGACCCUGUCCAUGGUUCGUCAGGCAUACUGGAUUCCACAAGGACGUUCUGAAGUGAAAAGAGUUCUGCGGAGAUGUACAAUCUGCAAGAGACAUGAAGGAGGACCAUACAGAAUGCCUAUUAUACCGCCCUUACCUAGAAAGAGAGUGAAUGAGUCCUCUCCAUUUACCUACACUGGAGUAGACUAUUUUGGUCCAAUAUAUGUGAAAACAGACGGUGUCACCAAGAAAGUAUGGGUGUGCUUGUUUACUUGUUUAGUGGUUAGAGCCAUCCAUUUAGAGCUUAUGCAAGAUAUGUCCACAGAAGAGUUCCUUCAUGGAUUGAGACGAUUCAUAUCUCGAUGGGGAAAGCCGAAGCAACUCAUUUCAGAUAAUGCGUCACAAUUCAAGCUGGCCAGUAAUAUCUUAGAAGAAACCUGGGCCUCAACAGUCAGAUAUCCAGAUGUUCAGAGCUAUAUCGCAAAUGAAGAUAUCAAGUGGCAAUUCAUAGUAGAGCUUGCCCCAUGGAUGGGUGGUUUCUAUGAGCGUCUUAUUGGAAUAGUAAAGAGAUGCCUUCGGAAAACAAUUGGGAAGCUGAGUCUUACCAACGAACAAUUAAGAACUCUUUUAGCAGAAACAGAAGCAGUGGUAAAUUCAAGACCAUUGGUUUAUGUAGGAGAUGACAUCAACUCCAACAUAAUUCUUACCCCUGCUCACUUCCUGACACUGAAUCCUACAACUGGUAUCCCAGAUUGUAAUGAAGAAGAUACAGAGGAUCCCGAGUAUUUACCCAACAUCAGCAGUGCCGAGAAAUUAUUGCAGACAUGGAAGAAAGGACAGAAACAUUUAGAUGCUUUUUGGAAAGCUUGGCGCGAUGAAUAUCUGCUAAGUUUACGAGAAAGAACAGCAUACAGACUGAAAGAAAGAAGAGUCAAGCACAGCGAGGAACCACAGAUUGGUGAUGUUGUGUUAGUUAAAGAUGACCUUUCUCGUGGAAGCUGGAAAAUAGGACGCCUUUGUGAACUUACAGUAAGCCGAGAUGGAGAGAUUCGUUCCGGAAAGGUACUGCUACCUAGCAAGAAGACUCCCAAUAGACCGUUGAACCUACUCUAUCCGAUCGAGUGUUCCAAAGAUACAGAGACAAAAAACAGUGAGAAUCCAGUGAAAAAUCAAAGUACCGAAAGUAACAAGAGCAUGACCUAUGAAGAUCAAUCAGUGACCGAAACCAAAAAUUAA